AUGCGUCUAGAAGGUGUCUCCUCCUCAGCGCUGACCCAAUCGUCAGAUUUACUGCAAGCACUAGUGCAGCUGCAGCACAUCCAGGCUAAGGCAGAGGUAGUGGCGAAGCAACCUGCUAUCUUCUACCAACACCAUCUAUCCAGGCUGGAAACACAUGAAACAUCUCGACCAUUUCCACUUGCGCAUUGGCAUUUGCAAAAACAAAGGCCUCAUCCAGUUCAAGGUUUAUGUAUGACAAUGGCAACUCCUUUCAACAUCAUAUUGCAAGAUCAUCCAAGCAUUGAGCUUGGAAAGUCAAAAAUUGUUGAAGAACACCAUAUAACUUACAAUAUUACAAUCCAAUCCUUGAGGGAACUAGGCUUGAGGGAUAGUGCCGUCAUAGCUUCCCACUUAGUAGCCAAUUGUGGUACGGCUCACUGGAUUGGACGACAGUGUCUCACCUUGUCGUCAAAUACCCUGUUUCUUACUGAUCCACUGCUUAUGAAGAUCAGAGUCAGUUUGAUCAUCACUGAUGAAUGUGCUGAUGAGAUUCCUCUCCCAAAGAUUCUUACCACAGACGCUGCGGCUGCAGAUCGGAUUAGGGGUUUGGGGUUCCACUAG